CAAAUGAGUAAGCGAGUGAGUGUUGCUGCUUGAAGGCUGGUUUCCUGAAUGUGUCAUGAUCCAUUUCACUUGCAUCGAGCAACAGCCUGUUACACUGCUGGCUGCUUUAAAGUGACUUAGAGUUGAGUGGAUCCUCCAACACGGACUAUUUUUAACCACCGCCAACAUGACAUUACAAUUUAAAGAUGCUUUUUGGGGAGUGGACUUCAUCAGUAAUAUUGGGUUUGAGACCAUCAGUCAGAGACUUAAUGAUGGUCGACGAACGUGCAAAGACAUGGAGGACCUCUUGAAAAUGAGGGCAUCAGCAGAGGAGAAAUAUGGCAGGGAACUGGUCACAAUUGCCCGCAAGGCUGGCGGUUUAUAUGAGAUCUGCACUUUGAAAAAAUCUUUUGAUGAAAUGAGAACACAAAUUGAAAACGUAGGAAACUUGCACAUUCAGCUUUCUGGUUUCCUCAAGGAAGAAUUGAAGAGAAUGGAGCAGUUCAGAGAGCGACAGAAAGAACAGAGAAAAAAGUUUGAAGUUAUCAUGGAGAAGGUCCAGAAGAUGAAAGUCUCCCUCUACAAGAAGACAAUAGAUUCAAAAAGAUCUUAUGAGCAGCGCUGCAGGGAGGCAGAUGAGGCAGAGCAAAUCGCUGAGAAGAUGGCCAAUGCUCCCACAGCCACUCCCAAGCAGAUCGAAAAGAUGAACAACAAAUCUAAACACUGCAGAGAAGCUGCAGAGGAGGCUGAGAAACAAUACAUGUCAAACAUUGAACAACUUGACAAGACUCGUCAAGAGUGGGAAUCAACACACAUCAGCACAUGUGAGCUAUUUCAGCAGCAGGAAGAAGACCGCAUCAGCAUACUAAGGGAUGCUUUGUGGGUGCACUGUAACCAUUUGUCAACGCAGUGUGUGAAAGAUGAUGAGUGUUACGAGGAUGUGAGAAAAACACUGGAAAAGUGUGACAUCAUCGCAGACAACAACUGCUUUAUAGAGAUGAAACGUACUAGCUUGACCCCUUCAGCUCCAAUUGAAUACCAAAAUUACUAUCAGAAGGAUCCUACAGAUGACAGAAAUGGAAGUGCUGGAUUCGUAGGGGGAGUCAUGAAAAAGUCAGAAUUACACAAUGGAAAGCAUUGUUACCAAAUUAAUGAUGAUGAAAAUAGUGAUUAUUACAUAGUGUUUUUUUCUUACCAAGUUCUUUCCCCAAAUUGUAGGUUUUCAAGUCUUUUGCAAGGACACGGUUCCAGUGGCUCCAAACUGAGCAUUAAUGAACAAGUUACACAACCUACUGCAGAAACAUCAGAAGGAGUUUAUGCUUCAAUUCCUGUAUGUCAGGGGUCCCAGCUGAGCAGUGAGGGGUACCAGGUCGUGUAUGACUAUGUGGCACAGGGGGUCGAUGAGCUCUCGGUGACUGUCGGGGACAUUGUGGUUGUCAUGGAUAAAGGUGAGGAUGGCUGGUGGACAGUGAAAAGAAAUGGCCUUACUGGAUUGGUCCCAGGCUCUUACCUUGCCAAAUAAUGAACUUACCUGACAGCUAUAGUCAUGUAAUAGUUUGUAAAGGCUUUGUGAUUUCAAAUUGACAAUAAUUUGAUUUGUUCAUAUUUGUGUUGCACGCAACAUUAUGAGUAGGAUUUCUUUUGACCUAUUAUAGUAGCAUAAAAGACGCUGUGGAAGAAAUCAUGUACAUUUGCUACAAAACCUCAUUUUGUUAGAAUGACACCUUUAUCACAUAAUAAUCCUACAGAUAGAGGCUGUCACAUAGGCUGCAGUGUAAGACUGAAAUAAAUGUAUUGAUAUGGCAUAUAUUCAUAUUGCUUUGCACUUAGUGCUAAUGUGUUAACUCCUCAUUAUCAUGACAGCUGGGAGAUUAAGUGAACUGUUGCACAAGACCACUGCACUAAGUUUAUUGAUAUACUGUUGUAUUGUUUUAUAUUCGCAGUUCUAAAUGUUUUGCCGAAUGUUAGACUUCUGUUGUUUGCCCGUUUAUAAGUUCUAUGUGUAGUUAUUGUUUCUCUUCAGAAUGCUAUACAUAAAAAUGUGCAUGUAUUUGUUAUUUAUUCAAAAUGACAGAAAAUGUGUUGUGUUUUUGACAUAUGCUGAACAUUGUUUUUUUGGCCACCACUAAUUAAGAAAAUUAUUUGGGAUUACUACUUUAUUUUGUUCUUGCUAUUCUUUAUGUGGAUUACAAAAGUACCAGAUCAGAACAAUCCAACAAAGUAGUUGUAAUACAACUAUUCUUGGGUCAUGUUCCUAAGCAAUCUGCUCUCUCUGGUUCAGUACCUAUCCCCUAACCAAAGCAUCUAUUAACCACCAUAAGUGUUCACAAUGUAUGUUUGGUGGUCACAAGAUCCUCCAAAAGCAGAUACAACUACAUCUAAUGAUUAUAGUAGGAGCUAUUGAACAUACAUGCAUGUAUAUUGUGCCCAUGGGAACCUAGUUUGAAGACAUAAAGCUACAAUGCAAAAAAUACGAGACCUCUUUGACCUGUUACACCCCUCCCUCAUGGGAAAUACCUGAACUUUGACCUCUCUAUUUUUUGGGACCAAGUUGACUCCGCCAGUGAAUAUGAGCUACAGUAUGUUUGGACAACAACAACAAAAACACACUUAGUGCAGCAAUUUCAUCUCUUUGUAAAGAUGUGAAAUUUCAGAUAAAUUAAAACAAUGAACCAGAAAACACAGUCACAUAAACCUUCCCCACAUUUAAUUGACAUUCUUGAGUCUAGCUAUUGCUACAUUUCAGCAAAUCAAGUUCUACAACUACCUUAGACUGUUGAGACAAAAACAAACACAGCUAUCGGACAAAGCCUAUCUUGACUUAAGAAUGCAUUACUACUUCACAAAUCCCACAUACUAAACUGGAUUAAAAAGUUUGCUUCUUAAAAGAAAGA